UCAACGUUCAUUAUGUUGUUUCGGAAACGAUUUGAUGUCGGCAUCGUUCUGUUGCGCUUUCUAGAAAUUGUGUAGUAUUGAUUAUGGACCACAUUCGCAGUGUUCGUCGGCGUUCUUCGCUUUUCUCAUCCACACCAGCGUCGGGAUCAGUCUCUACAAGCACCGAGCAACUGAAGUACGAAAAGCAACUGCGCCAGGAAAUAAAACAAUGGAACGAUCUGUUGCGUACAAAGUAUCGUGAUUUGCAACGAAUGUGCUCCAUCAACACCGUAGUGGAUCAAUCUGUGCUAACGGAAGAGCAAAGGCGCUAUCUUGCCGAUGGACCUACCGUCGAAUCGUACUUGGCCGAAACGAGUUCGUUCGAUAGAGCGCUAACGACAUACAUUGAACAGAAAUCUUUCCUGAUGGAACGAAAUGCUCACAUCGUUCACGAAGCAAAAGUGAUGGUAGAACUAGCGCUGAAAGACUCCAUCUCAACCGAGCUGUUGCAAACAAAUUUUUCGUGCCGAUAAGGGGUAAUAAAUAUUUCCGCCUCAUAGUUUUUUUGAAAUAAAA